CCUCAAGAACCAGAUCAUGACGACCAACUUGUGGGUGGAGCAGUACUGGUUCGACUACAAGCUCAUUUGGGAACCCGAGGAGUACGGCGGCGCCAAGAUGCUUCACGUCCCCUCCGACCACAUCUGGCGACCCGACAUCGUGCUAUAUAACAAUGCCGACGGGAACUUCGAGGUGACGCUGUCCACCAAGGCGACGCUCCACAUGAACGGCCUCGUCGAGUGGAAGCCGCCUGCCAUCUACAAGUCUUCGUGCGAGAUCGACGUCGAGUACUUUCCCUUCGACGAGCAGACUUGUGUCAUGAAGUUCGGUUCCUGGACCUACGAUGGAUUUCAGGUCGACUUACGCCACGUGGACGAGAUGGAGGGUACGAACGUGGUGGACAUCGGCGUCGACCUGUCCGAGUUCUACCGGUCUGUGGAGUGGGACAUCCUGGAGGUGCCGGCCGUCAGGCACGAGAAGUUCUACACGUGUUGUGACGAGCCUUACCUGGACAUCACCUUCAACAUCACCAUGAGGAGGAAGACGCUCUUCUACACCGUCAACCUCAUCAUCCCCUGCAUGGGCAUCUCCUUCCUCACCGUCCUCACCUUCUACCUGCCGUCAGACUCAGGCGAGAAGGUAACUCUGAGCAUCUCCAUCCUCAUCUCUCUCCACGUGUUCUUCCUGCUGGUGGUGGAAAUCAUCCCGCCCACCUCCCUCGUGGUGCCUCUGCUCGGCAAGUACCUCAUAUUCGCCAUGAUCCUCGUCUCAAUCAGUAUAUGUGUGACGGUUCUGGUGCUCAACGUUCACUUCCGGUCGCCCCAAACACAUAAAAUGGCGCCCUGGGUAAGGAGGGUCUUCAUCCACAUACUGCCGCGCCUCCUCAUCAUGAAGCGGCCCCAGUACCAGCUCAACAAACACAGCCUGUUGACACCAGGAGGCAACACCAAGCCUAACAGUGUGUUCCUGGAGCCCAACCGCGUCAUGAUCAGCACUUGUAACGGGAACGAGAUGCAGGACAGCUUCUACCGGCCGCAGUACGACGACAGCCUCUACAAAAACAACGAAAACCCCAACCUGCCGUACGACACCCCUCUCCAUCGCCGCCCCAACGACUUCUCCCCUAUGACGGACGGGCCCUUCUCCACCACCUGUCGCAUCCACGGCUCCACCAACAUCCACGAGGACGCCUACACGCUCGAGGACGCCGACAAGAGUCCCACUUUUCGUCCCUUUCAACACAAUCUUCCGCACUGCUCGCCGGAGGUUCACCGCACGUGCUGGUGUGUCAACUUCAUCGCCGAGCACACCAGACUCAAGGAGGACUCGACCAAGGUGAAGGAGGAUUGGAAGUACGUGGCCAUGGUGCUGGACCGACUCUUCCUGUGGAUCUUUACCCUGGCGGUGCUAGUGGGCACGGCCGGCAUCAUCCUGCAGGCGCCCUCCCUCUACGAUGACCGGGUGCCCCUCGACAAGUUUCUCUCAGAUGUGUACCGUCACCAACGCUUAAAUGGCUAAGUCCUUUUGUUGUGUGGCCGCCCCUGACCCCACACCCCUUCCGUCACCACCAUCUACCCUAGCAGACUCAACUAGCUUCCGAAGACAGGUGCCUAAGAGGACAGAGAGAGGCGGCAUUGACACAAGCCAGGACACGUGAGGACAGCAGCUGUGGCCGAACAAAACCCUCUAGACUUGCUCCUCGCUGCGUGACCACCCACCACAGACUCUCCUUGACGCCAGG